AUGGCCGAACGCGACUGGCCGCAGGAGAUGUUUGCGGAGAGUGUGGGCGAGGUGGCUGCUCGCAUCAAGGACAAUGACCACCUCAUCCUUAUCUCCAGUCGCCUCGAGGCAAAGCAGAUCCUCAGCGAGGAGUGCGGACUGGCGAAGGUACUUUAUUUCAUGUAUGAACCACUCUAA